UAAACACCUCCACACAGAACAAGCUUUCUGUGAGUGAGUGUGAGUGUGUGUGUGUGUGUGUGUAAGCAUCGCAUUGAUUCAACCAAAAGGCAACCUCUGUGAAUUAAAAGUGCAGUUAAAAGUGUGUUUGCUGCAGUCCAAGCUGACUGAUACAACAUACUAAGAUAACCAUAAACAGUCAAAGCUGCGCUUUGAGAGGUAACUCAGUAGCGGUCAAACAUGGCUAGAAACAGGAAGCUUGCCUGUAAACCUCUUGUUCAAGCUUCAACAUCCGCAGGUUUUAACAAAAUCCAACAACAAAUGUAUCAACCCCCAGAUCCAAUAUUGUAUUCUCUUCUCUUGUCUUCUCUUAUAAUUACAAUCCUAUUCAUGCACGUCAUGUCUAAUGGGUAGUAAAAAUGUAUUCUGGUGAUAAUACUACUGUUUGUGCCCAAGUCUGUCAUGCAGUUCUGAAUGUGUCAAUAACCACUCCUCCACCACUAUUUUAAGGUAGUAUGGACCCUCAUAAAGGCUAAACACAGCAUCAACAGCAAUUUAAACAUUUUUAAGUUUAUUAACUAUUUCUUUCUGUAGUAGUUUUUAUUGUUGGUGGUGGAGUCGGCCAUUGCUGCCUAGGAUUCACAAAUAAGCACAAAGGAUACACAAGCAGGAAACGAUGCAUGCAUGUAGUCUAUUGUUACCAUUUGCAAUUUUAUCUCAUUGACAUCAGCCUCAGUGUUCAUUUCUAAUGUUGUAUCAGAGCUGACGCCAACAAAGCAUUUCCUACUGCUGCUCACUCACAUUAAAAGCAUUCAUCUGGUGAAACACAGGGCAGCUUUAUUGUGAAGGAGUCACAGGAAACUCACCUUGUUUGUCACUGACAUUAGGAUUGACUGCUAUUGUUUAACACAAAUGUAAUUUUUGACCAGCUGAUCAGUUUGAAAUAUAUAACAGAGAGAAACAGAAUGAGAGGGAGCAACCACAGUGAGCUGUUAGAUGAAGAGCUGCAGGCGACACAGUAGUUGCACAUCUCCAACUCUUCGGCAAGGUACUACCGGGAAAAAAAGGACAAAAUGGCUCAGACAAACCCUAUGCCCAUGGGCCCUUGGAAGAUCACCGUGUACGAUCAGGAGUACUUCCAGGGCAGGCGUAUGGAGUUCACCGCCUGCUGCCAGAACAUCAUGGAGUGUGGGAUGGAGAACAUCCGCUCCCUGAAGGUUGAGUGUGGCGCCUGGGUCGGUUAUGAGCAUUCCAGCUUCUGCGGCCAGCAGUUUGUCCUGGAGAAGGGAGACUACCCUCGCUUUGAGGCCUAUAGUGGCAGCAACGCCUACCGCAUCGAGAGGAUGAUCUCUUUCAGGCCCAUCUGCUGUGCUAACCACAAGGAGUCCCGCAUGACCAUCUUUGAGAUGGAGAACAUGAUGGGUCGUCAGUUCGAGCUGUGUGACGACUACCCCUCUCUGCAGGCCAUGGGCUGGAUGAACAACGAGGUUGGAUCCAUGCAUGUUCAGUGUGGAGCCUUUGUGUGCUACCAGUACCCUGGCUACCGUGGCUACCAGUACAUUAUGGAGUGUGACUGUCGUGGAGGAGAGUACAAGUGUUUCCGUGAGUUUGGCUCCCACUCCCAGACUCCCCAGAUUCAGUCCAUCAGGAGGAUCCAGCACUAAGAGGGGAGCACUUCCUUCACACUUCCUUAUCUUCUCCUCCUCUCCCUCCUCCUGCACUUCCAUCCCUCCUUCUCUUCCUCCUCUCCCCCAACCUCCAUCUCCCCGGCUUUGUUGGUCCAGCUAGUCUAAGCAGGAUCCUGGGCUGGAGUUCAGGUGCUUACUGGUGUCAGUUGUUCACAGCACUUUUUUUUUUAAAGAAACAUCACAAAAAGAAAGGAAAGAUGUAAGAAAGACAGAAAACAGGAAUGACAGAAUUGUAAGAAAAAGCUGAAUCAGUGUGACAGAGAGGCCUCAUCAGCCGAGGUUGGCUGCAGAAUGGUGAAAACAACUCAAAGUUUUUGCUCUUUUUCAUCUCCACCAUCGAUGGCAUCAUCAUCGUCAUUGUCUUCUACAUCAACACGAUCACCAGUCUUGCUGUUUACUGUGAUAUCCAUGACUGCCUGUGUUCAAGACGAUGAAUAAAGAGAAUGAGCAAAGAAACGGAGAGAUUCAAAAUACGAUUGACAUGUACCUCAAUCAUAUCUGUGUCUUGUCUUUCUCUACUGAAACUUUGACACCUCUGGAAAAUAGCUCAAAUUGUAAUAAUCACCCUGCAAAACAUGAACUUAUUAGGUAAUUCCCAUGGGCAAAAAAGUUAAAGUGUGGAUGAGAAUCAGUCUCUGAAAACCGCACUGACCUGUCACAG